GUGAGCGCGAGCGUCCACUUCCGUCACAGUGCGGGGCGGAGCGUUCUCACCUACCACACCCCUACUCACUCACUCACACACACACACACACACACACACACAGGACAGUCAGAGUUUGAAAGGAAGAAGAAAAAGACGAGUUCCGAAUCAACUGCCUGGUUAAAUGCGCAUCUGCUGAUCUCCUGGUGAACAACUUCUCACUUUCUGAAUUUUAAUCAAAGCCAGGUGCUGCGGUUGAAAUCUCAGAAAUGACGGACGCGAUAAUACCAAACGGAUGCAAGAGCAGCGGAGUGGCUGAGAAUGACUACUUCCGAAAGGGCUGUAACCCGCUGGCUCAGACCGGUCGCAGUAAGCUUCAAAACCAGAGAGCGACACUCAAUCAGCAGAUCAUCAAACAGAUGAGAAUGAGAGCGGGAGCUGAGAAUCUCCUCAAGGCUACAGCCAAUAAUAAAGUACGAGAUAUGGUACUGCUGGAGUUGAGUUACGUGAACUCCAACUUGCAGCUUCUUAUGGAGCAGCUGGAAGGUCUGAACAGUUCAGUAGAGGUUUACCAGAAUGUGCAUGGUUCAGCCAUAAUCCCUCUCAUUCCUUUGGGCCUGAAGGAAACAAAAGACGUGGACUUUUCUGUACCUUUCAAGGAUUUCAUCCUUGAGCAUUACAGUGAGGACGGUACACGCUUUCAGGAUGAAAUUGAUGAUCUGAUGGACCUCAGAAAGGCAUGCCGCACUCCAAGCCGUAACGAUGCAGGGGUCGAACUACUCGCCAGCUACUUCAGCCAGCUAUCCCUCCUGGAGAGUCGCUUCUUCUCCCCCAACCGCCCGAUGGGCAUUUUCUUCACAUGGUACGACUCUUUCACUGGCAUGCCAGUGUGCCAACAGAAUAUAACCCUGGAAAAGGCCAGCAUCCUGUUCAACAUGGCUGCCCUUUACACGCAGAUUGGCACACGCAGCGACAGACACACACAGUCCGGCCUAGAGGACGCCAUCACCGCCUUGCAAAAAUCAGCCGGUGUGCUCAAUCACCUGAAGGAAACGUUUACACACACUCCCAGCUAUGACAUGAGCCCAGCCAUGUUGAAUAUGCUGAUAAAGAUGAUGUUGGCUCAGGCUCAGGAGUGCGUUUUUGAAAAGAUCACUCUGCCUGGAAUCCGCAACGAGUACUUCAGCCUGCUCAGGAUGGCACAGGAAGCUGCCAAGGUGGAAGAAGUGUAUGAACAGGUGCACCAGUCCAUGAUCCAGUCCCCUGUUAAAGACAAUGUGCCCUUUUUCUGGUUCACAAUGGCGCAAGUGAAGGCCUAUCAUUAUCGCGCACUCGCCCAUUACUUCAUUUCCACCUCCCUACUGGACCAUGAGUUAACCCUCAAUGAUGAUGAGGAUAAACAGGAGAAGGCUCUCUCUCAGGUGUAUGACACAAUGCCUGAUGGACGCGCUCCCCUCGAGAUCCUGCGCAAGAAACAGGAGCGGCGCCGCAUAGGUAAAGCUCACCUGAAGCGUGCCAUAAUGAACCAAGAGGACGCUUUGCGUAACCAGAGCCUGUGCCCUCACCUCCGCAAGCUGGACAUCCUCAGUACCAUUCUUGAAGCCAGCCACAAGCGCUCACUUGCAAAAUUUGAGCAAAACAACACAGAAGAUGAGUUCACUGAUUACAUGGAGGCACCAGACAUCAUCUCUAAAACCGAGCAGAAAGCAGAAAUGGAAUUUCCCGCCACCACUAAGGUGAAAGUCAAAGACUUGUUCCACCGACUGGGCCCCUUGUCGGUAUUCUCAGCCAAACAGAGGUGGACAGCACCACGUACACUCAGGUUAAAGGCUGAGGACAGAGACAUAGGUUUCACACUGAAGGGGGAUGCACCUGUCCAGAUCCAAUCACUCGACCCCCUAUGUCAGGCAGCUGUGGAUGGCCUGAAAGAGGGCGAUUACUUGGUUGCCGUUGGCGAUACUGACUGUAAAUGGAUGGGCGUGAGUGAUGUCAUGAAGUUGUUAAAGGAUGUGGACGGGGAAGGCAUCGACAUUAAAGUCAUCAGCAUGAUGGACAGCAGCGUCCAGGCCAUGCCUACAAAAAGCGCCACAUUCUCGGGCGGCCUUCCAAAAACCUACUCCAUGAUCUGCCUGGCUGAGAAUGAUGACAAACACCCAAAAGCACGCAAAGUCAGCAAGAUGUCGUCAUUCCUCAGCUGGGGGCUGAAGAACAAGCACAAGAGUGCCAGCACACUUAGCCUCCCCACAGCUGACUUCAAACCCUCCAUCCCCAAGUCCUUCAACGACAGUGGCCUGUACUAAACACACACACGCGCACACACACACACACACACACAGAGGACACUGACCUCCUGAUUGUGGCACCGUGCUUUCAGGCACAGGUACAAAGUCGACCAGUCAGUGGUAAAGUAGUGAAGGGGAAAAAAACUUUUUGCACACAGUCCUUAGGACAGAUUGAGCAAAUGCUUGAUGUUUUUCUCUCCUGGCAAAAAGUUUGUAGUCAUGCAAGUCAUUGUGCCCUUAUAGUUACCAUGGUUAAAAUAUAAUUACCACACAUGGUUUUUGAACAUCGAUAAAUAUAUAAAUGUGUUGUGUAUCUGUUAUAUUGUGUCUGUGUGUGCUAUAUAUGGGAGGAAAUUUUUUAUUUUUUAUUUUUAUUUUUUUUGAAGCCUAAACUGUCCAACAGGGAACUGAUACUUAGUGACAUAAUCUUGCCGAUAGCUAUGAAGAAAACGGGAGGACUCUGUGCUUUUACCAAUCAAGAACAUUCAACUGCUGCUGCUGUAAAUAUUCUUAUUUCACUGUAUUUUUCUAUUGAAGAGUCAGUGAUUAUUGUUAGGUGAAGUUACUUAGGUUAAAUGUAUAAUAUUUGUGUAUGUAUAUAUAUAUUUUUUUCCUUUAAGCUAGUCUGUCCACAGUUCCACAGGAAUACACUAAGGAAUAGAGUAAAAGAUUCAUCAAAUACAUUAAAACUCUUUAAAAAUAUUUAAAGAUAAAAAUAUUACAGCAAGGUUAGUGUGAAAUAUAUUGGAGUGUUAUAGUUUGUGUAAUGUGAAUAUCCAGUGGGUGGUUCAUGUAUUGUGUUAAUCUACCAGUACAGUGGUUGUUUCUGUAUUAUAAAACGUGCUUUAUUAUCCUUUUUUGAUGUAAAUGUAGACAGGAAGAUGAGUUCUGCCAGGACUCUGGUGGUGCUUGAGUUCAAUAUAUUGCCAACCUCAAGCUUGAAGGAUUAAAGACGGACCUCAUUCAGUAUGGAAAGACUAUUCUUAUUUUUAUGUAGGCUAUUUGCUAACACCUUCUGAAGUGUUAGACGUAUUUCACUGUCUACAACGUAGAUACUUGUACACAUUUGAUAAUCAAAUAAAUAAAAUGCACAUAGAGAAAAAGAUCUAUAAAUAGAAGUAUGUAUUCCUUUUGACGUAUUUAGUGAUAUAGUCCCACUGUGGCUAGUUGCACAUAGGUGAUGCUGUAGGUGAGAAGUUGAAAUGUUUUUAUUUUUUUUAUAUAUAUGUAAAAUGGUCAUUUAAUGUUUGUGCAAUUAAGUAUUUGAUGUCUUUACACUAUUCUCUAUUCUUCAAACAACUUUUAAGUCUUUUUUUUUUUGGUAUUAUUAUUAUUAUUAUUAUUAUUAUUAUUAUUAUCUGUGUGUGUGUUGAUAGUGUCCCUUUAAAUUGUCUAAUUCCCCUUUAAGAAUCUUUAAAGUGACUUCUGAGUAUUGUUGUAUACAUGUCAUUGUCUCUGUGUACACCAGAGCUGCAAUAUCUAGACUUAUUUUUAACACAUGGAUUUUUGGGAUAUUAAUAAAAAUGAGAAUUAGUGUAAUGUUAGACGAUUUUAAGACCUCAUCAAAGGUAGUGGAGGUCACAUGCAGGUUGAUUGUUGCGCCUUGAUUAUGAUUAUAAUAGCACAAUAUUUUAAAAGGGCAUAUUUAUAUUUAUAUACUGUGGGUCAAUUAUUAAUGUAUUAGUCAAUGUAAAUGAGCCUUAAAGGGCAAACCUCCAUAAUGGUACUGUAUCCAUUGGGGUUUUGGCAUUUUGGAUUUUUUGCUCUUUGCUUUUCUGUUGCACUCUACUGUUUAUUCUGAGUGGAAUUGAGGCUCAUUUGGUGAUUUUUUUAAACAUUUUUUCCCCCCUCUUCUUCCUGUCAUUUUGUUGUAUACAAGCCUUGAAUAAAAAUAAAAUAAUGGGUGAUA